AUUCGAAGCCGUGAUAGCGCGAGUCGCCAUCGAAGAUAAGGCCGUCACCGAGAUGCUGAAAGACCGCGAACAAAAAUAUGACGAGGUGGUCACCACCGCCUCGGCCCCGUUCAACAAGACGGUCGCCAGCAGUCCCAAGAAAUCCGGCAGAUUCGGCCUUUCAUUGUUUUCA